GGACAGCGCUACCAGGCGGGUGUGUAGACUCGGGGUUCAGACGUUAUGCGUAGUUGUUGUUUUGACUUAGUGAAGGGAGCGAGUAAUAGUUUGGCAGAAGCAGGACGUACAGUUGCAGUUUUUAAGUUUUUAGGCUGAGUACACAAACUAUAUAAUUAUAUAUUCUUGGUAACCCGCAAAUGACUUCACGUGGUUUUGGCUCGCCUGGCAAGAUGCUGUUAAAACAAUGACCAGAAAGAUAAAAUGCACACAGGUUUUGAUGAAUGCAGUAGCAUAGGGUGGCAGGAUGUUGUGCAGUAGGUGGUAUAGGUGGUGGGUGCAGCAUUGCAUCCUGAUACUGUCCUUCACCUGUGGUCUGCAGGGCACAGAUUUAAACAAUGUAGUGAAGCUUGGACAAGUGGAGAAUGUACAGAGGUUACUUCAUGCAGGUGCCAACACUGACAUUAGGGACAGUUUGGGUUGGACUCCCCUGCACAAUGCAGCCAAUGCAGGCCAGUAUGAGUUAGUGCAACUACUGUUGAAUCACCAGGCAGACCCUGACAGUCGUGAGCCUCUUCAGGAACGAUCGCCUCUACACUUGGCAGCCUACAGCGGCUAUCAGGCAAUAGUGCUACUGCUGCUAGAUGCAGGUGCCAGUAUUGACCUCAGAGAUGUGCAUGGCCAGACACCACUGCAUCUGGCAGUAUGGAGAGGCAGGGUGCAAGUGGUGGCAGUUCUGCUGCAGCGAGGUGCCGGGGUAGAUGUUCAGGAUGACAGAGGCAGUACACCGGUAAUGCUGGCUGCCAUCCAGAAUGUUGCUGAGGUUGCUAAGGAACUCCUUAUUUUCUGUCCUGACUUAAGAAUACUGGACAAGCAAGAUCAGAAUGUCUUGCGAUAUAUAAAAGAGAAGAACAUGACGAAGAUUCAUGAUAUGCUUUUUGAACAUUUACAACGUCCAUGCCGCCAUCCAGUCAUCUGGCAGCCACCAACUAUGAGAAGCACCACGAAGGUAGAAGGUAAGAAUUGCCUGGCAGGUGAGAAGAGGUACCCUGGUAACCCUUCACCUUGGCAGUGGUGGCUGCCAAUGACAGCAGCAGGAGGGAGUGUUGAUGUGCUUUGCCCACCAGGCACCAAUGGUUCAGCUUCAUGGUUGUGUGGCCGUGAUGGCAAUUGGGAGAAAACAGCAGACCUUAGCUGGUGCCGAGCGGUGCCAUUCAACGGGUGGCAGAGGGUUGUUGGGACUGGAAAUGUGUCAGCUGGUGAGGUCAUGAAGGACUUGGUUAGCAGUGUGCAGUCAUUCCUUCUUGCUCCAGGAGAUCUUCUCACCUUAUCCUUUGUACUGAAUAUCCUCUCAGAAAAACAUUCAAAAGAUGCACAUUGUUCUCAAAUUCAACUGAAUGGCAUCAGGGAGGCUCAGGAUUACUUGCACAAUUUAUUGGAUGUGGUAGACAAGAUGCUAUUGAGGAGUGUGGCAUGGUGGGGGCUGCCUCAUCACUACAUAGCUACCACUGCCUCUCACAUACAAACCACAGUGGCCAUGGCUGCCCUCACUCUAGCGACUUGCCAAAAAACACCAUCACAACACAUUUCUCAAGAAAGACUUUAUGCAAAAAUGGUGCAGCAGCCUCCAGCAUACUUCAGUCCACUAAGCCACAGAACCUUCUCCCACCACCAGCACAACCAUACAUCCCUCACUCUACCACUGCAGUUUUAUAAAGACUAUGUCAAACACCUCAGCACAGUCAAGGUCAUCUUUGUAUCAUAUAGUAAUCUUCAUUGUUUCUUCAACUCCCUGCCAUGUGACCCAAAGGAAGUUGAGGUGGCGACUGACUUACCUGCUCCCAGACAAAUCAACAGUGCCAUACUUGGUGCUCGUGUGGGAGGCUCCAUCACCUGGCAUGCCCCUCUUGGGGAGGUGGUGGCAGUGGAACUGCAGCAUGUAUACAGUGGACACUCCUUCCUGCUUGGGAAACCACACUGUGUAUGGUGGGAUGAACACAGCACCUCUUGGGCCACUGAUGGCUGUCACCUGGCAUUCACUUCCCCUACCCACACCCUCUGUCACUGCAACCAUCUGGCAAACAUGGCUGUCAUAAUGGAUAUUGAAGGCCAUCGAGAGAAUCUUGGGGUAAUGUUCUAUGUGAUGAAGUGUGUGAUGGUGGUCAGCUGUGUGGUGUCAGUGGCCAUCUUAGCACUGUGUGUGUUUUGUCUUCUGGCCCUGAAGGACAUGAGAGGGAAGCUCUGCAAACUGAUAAAGGCCAACCUGUGCUUCUGCCUUGUGGCCACAGAACUGGUGAUGCUGGGAAGUCUUGGUGCCUCAGGGAAGCCUGGGCCAUGUGCUGCUGCUGCUGUUGUCUUUCAUUAUGUCACACUCACCACCUUCAUCUGGAGUGCUAUGGAGGCUGUAUACACUUAUGUUACUACCAUCAAGAAUGUGGAGGAGGUGGGUCCAUGGGCAAUGUGGUGCUGUCUCAGUGUGGGCUACUUUGUGCCUAUGGUGUAUGUUGUCACAAUCCAGGCCUUGUCCUUGUCUCUAGCUCACCACACAUUUCCAGUUUGUCAAUUGGCUCCACGCAAUUUUGGAUGGACUGUUGUCUCUCCACUUGGUGUCAUUGUUUUGAUUAACGUGGUUGCCUUGGUGAUGGGAGCAUGUGGAUCCUGGUGUAAGGACAGUGGCAUCAAGACAACUAGGACUCCCAGACCAGGCCUUUGUAGUUCCCUCUCUGUCUUUGCUCUGCUCUGCCUUACAUGGAUCACAGGCUUGCUGUACUUCAUUGAAGGUUCCCAGGAGGUGGCACUGAUUUUCAGCAUCCUCAAUUUCUCUCUUGGGGUGAGCAUCCUUUUUCUACAUGUCAUUAUGGAACGACAUGGAACAAAAUCAUGAAAUAAAGAUACAUCCAUA